AUGUUCAGUAAAAUCGUAGCUUUCGGCGCUUUCUUGGCAGCUGCCAGUGCCAACCUUUACGGGCACGGUCACGGUCACGCCGUGUCUUCCCAAAGCAUCGUCCGCCAUGACGAACCUGUACAUUACGCUUCCCACUACUCUGCUCCAGUCUCUCACUACGCCGCUCCCGUAGCUCACUACGCCGCCCCCAUUGCCCAUUACGCCGCUCCCGCUGCCAACUACCACUACGACGGUCAUGACUCUUACGCUCACCCUAAAUACGACUUCUCUUACUCCGUGGCUGACCCUCACACCGGUGACCACAAGUCUCAGCAUGAGAGCCGCGACGGUGACUCUGUCCAUGGCUACUACUCUCUGCUCCAACCUGAUGGCUCUGUCCGCAAGGUUGAAUACAAGGCUGAUGCUCACAAUGGUUUCAACGCCAUAGUACACAACUCUGCUCCUUCUGUACAUCCCCAGUCUUACGGACAUGGCUACAGCCAUUACUGA